AUGAGCACGCAUCCGGGGGAAUACGUGUACGCAUUGUACAACUUCGAUGCAGAGAACCCCGAUGAAGUGAGCUUUAAGGUAGGCGAGCGCGUCCUCGUCGUGGAGAAAGACGACGCGUACGGCGACGGCUGGUUCCAGGGCACCAACGUGCGCGGCGAGACGGGCCUCUUUCCUUUUUCCUACACCACCUACGACCAGGCCGCGGCGCAGACCAUGCUGGACGGCGCCGCGAAUGCGCAAAAUGCCGCGCCGGCCGAGCCGAAGCAGGAGGCGCCGAGCGCGGGCGCCGCCGUGCUCGGCGGCGGCGCAUCGGCCAGCGCUGCGCCGACGAAAGAAGCCGAGCCGGGAGUGAUGCGAUCGACGAUGGCGGAUAUUGAUAAUGCGAUCACGGAGCUCCACACCAAAGAGGGCCGGCAGUCGGACGCGGGCUCGCAGGCCACCGACGCAGACCUCGACGAGGACGAGGACGGCGAGCACGACUUUGCUGCACGCGCCGCGGCACGCGAGGCGCUCGCCAAGAACGCACAAAAGAGCCUCGCGCUCGCCGCACAGCAGGAGCAGCCAGGGCCGUGGUCCGCUGCUGCCGGCCUCGGCGACUCGGACCUCUCGCGCGACGCCAAUGCCAACAGCCUCAACAUGCGUCACAUCAGCCUCGGCACGACGCCGGGCGUCACGCCGUUAGCUUACCUCGAAAUGAGCGACGAGAGCGAGGACGAGCAGGACGCUGAAAGCGGCGCGGCAGAGCCCGCCGCCGCCGCCGACGACUCGCACCGCCGCGAGGCGCUCCAGCAGCUCGAGGCGACCAAGCCCACCGAGUCGCAGGCGGCCACCACCACGCCGAGCGUGCUGGGCUCGGUCGCGGCCGCGGCCGCCGUGCCCGCGGCCGCCGUCGGCGCGGCAGUCGGCCUCACCAAGGAAACGAGCCCGGCGGCGCCCGAGGCGUACAGUGCCCCGGAGCAUGCAGCGCCCGCCGUAAUGCAGGCCGAGGAAGAACUGAGCCUCCCGGGCGGCUUUGUCUCGGAGCCGAGCAUGCGCGAAGCGCCCGCGGCGCCGAUCGCCGAGGCGCCGCAGCAGGUGCCGGACGCGGCCACAGAGCCGCUCAAGGCGCCGAGCGCCGACGUGCCCGCCGAUGUGCCCGCCGCAACGCGCGAGGUGCCUCCUGUGCCGACCGAGACGCUUGCCCCAGCCACCGAGGUGCCGCCGACCGAGUCGGUGCCUGUCGUGCCCGCCGUCGCCGCGGUCCCGACGCCGUCGGUGCCUGCCGUGCGGUCGGUGCCUGCGGUGCCGUCGGCGCCGGCUGCGCCGACCAGCCUCCCGUGGCAGACGCCGGCGAGCGCGCCCGAGCCCGAGGCCAAGGCGGCGCCAUCGGCCACGCAGCCCGAGCUGCUGCACGCGUCGCAGCCUGAGCAGUCCACCUCGCCCCUUAUUUCCGAGACGGCGCCGACGUCGCCGGCGCUCUCGACGCCCUCGGCCAAGAACCCGGAGACGUGGAGUGUCGACGAGGUCCUUGCCUGGGCGCGCUCAAAGAACUACGACCAGCCCACGAUUGAGAAGCUCGCCGAGCACGAGAUCAGCGGCGAUGCGCUGCUGGCCAUGGACAUUAACCUCUUGAAAGAAAUCGAUAUUGUGGCCUUUGGCCGCCGCUUCCACCUGGCCAACGGCAUCAAGGAGCUGCGCGAGCAGGCCGGCAGCGGCGUGUCUGUGCCAGUUGCAGCGCCUGUCGCCGCGCCUGCCGCUUCUCCCGCCGCCGCGCCUGCCGCUUCCCCUGCCGCCGCGCCUGCGACGCAGUCGCCGCCGUUCUCGGCGCCGCUCUCGACGCCUGCCUCGGCGCCCUUCUCGACGCCCCCGCCGUCUACGUUUGCGACCGGCGCGACGUCGGUGCGCGACACGCCCACGUCGCAGCCCGAGUGGAGCGUCUUUGGCCUCGGCGGCCCCGCCUCGGCCUCGCCGGUCGGCCCCAAGGUGCCGAGCAAGGUCGAGACGCCCAUCUCGCCUGCGCCGGCGUACUGGGCGGGCUCGUCGUUCGGUCUUGCGCCGCCUGCUGGCCUUGCACCCGCGGUGGACCGCGAAGCGCAGCCUGUCGAACCCCCCGCGACGAUCCGCUCGGUGGAGCCGAGCGCCGCGCCGAGCACUUCGCCGAGCAUUGCGCCGGUGCCGGUGCGCCGCCCGGUGCAGCCGCCCGCGCCCGAGCCGGUCUCUGCGCCGAGCCCUGCGCGUGAGCCGUCGACCUCGUCACGGCGUCUGCACCUUCCCGGCCGGGGCAUCUUUGGCCCCCGCAAAGCGCCGCGCGAGCCGGAGGACGAUGCACGUUCGCACCGUACGAGCGUUGUGCCGAACAAGGCGCAGAUCUCGCUGCCGACGAGCAAUGCGAACUACUCGGCGCCCGCCGUCGGUGCCGGCGUCGGUGCCGGUGUCGGUGCUGGCGUCGGUGCCGGUGCCGCUGGCGCGGCGAGCGCGGCGAGCGACAAGCCCGAGCCGCAGACGAUUAUGCCGGUGGCGUCGGGCCCCCCCGCGGUGCCCGCCAAGGGCUCGGAGGCCUCCACCCUCGUCCUGCACAAGAUUGCGCCGGUCGAGAUGCAAGGCUGGAUCAAGAAGAAAGGCGAGCGCUACAACACGUGGAACUCGCGCUACAUUGCGCUCAAAGGCAGCGACCUCAUUAUCCUGCGCGACCCUGCGGCCGAAAAAGUCAAGAGUCACAUCAACAUGCGCGGCUACAAGGUGGUGGCCGACGAGAGCACGAGCCUGGGCCGCUACGGCUUCAAGAUUGUGCACGAGUCUGAUCGCCCCCACUUCUUUAGUUUGGACGACCCCGUGAUGCUGCGCAACUGGAUGAAGGGCAUGAUGAAGGCGUCGAUCGACCGCGACCACUCGCAGCCCGUCAUCUCGUCGUACAGCAACCCGACGAUUUCGCUCGAGGAGGCGCAGCGCCUCAAGCCGCGCCCGCCGAGCCCGGGCAGCCGCCAGCGCAUGCAGCGUGAGCACGGCCGCGAGGUCAAGGACCAGCUCACUGCGAAGGACGAGUCGGUGCUGCGUGGCCUGACCGAUGAGGGGGUGCUGCGCAGCCUGUCGGGCAACGGACGUAGAUAG